ACGGGACAUCGUUUCCCCCAUAAUUCCCCCACUCUUUAUUACUUUUGCCUCGCAACUGAGAAUUUCAGUCAACGUUGAGGCUUGUAUUCGCUUAUUGUACACGACGCCUUUAUAGCAUAAAUAAUAAAAACUUGAUAUAAUCUUAGUAUAAGUCAGUAUAUGUUAAAUAUGAAAAACAUUUAAUAAAAAACAUUUAUUUUAUAUUUUUUAUAUAAUGGGUCGAAGAAAAAGUAAAAGAAAACCACCAAGUAAAAAAAAAGCAAUUCAACCAUUAGACACGCAAUUUAAUUGUCCAUUUUGUAAUCAUGAAAAAUCAUGUGAGGUUAAGAUGGAUAAAUCAAGAAAUACAGCAAGAAUUACAUGUAGAGUUUGUUUAGAAGAUUUUCAAACGACAAUUAAUUUACUUUCAGAACCUUUAGAUGUAUACAAUGAUUGGAUUGAUGCAUGUGAAAGUGCAAAUUGAAGAUUAUUGUUAUUUUGAUGUUUGAUUCAAAUUUAUUAUUAGAUUAUUAUAUAGAUAGACUUAUUUAUUUCUUUGUUUUACUAAAUUGUAAACACUUUAUAAUAUAAUGAAUAUUAAAUUGUACACGACACAUAAGUAAGAACUUUGCUAUAUAUUUUAUAUAUUAAUGAAAAGAUAUUUAUAAUUUUGUAAAUUUAAUAUUUUAUUAGUUCAAAAUAAUACAACUUUAUAUAUGUCUUAUUAUAAUAUAGAUAUCAUAGAUUAUU